ACAUGCACUUCUAGACAACGGAGUGUUUUUCGAAGUGGAGGCCUGUCCGAUCGCAGUGAUAUUAAGAUCUGGAUCUUUUCAGGUUGUGCACAUUCGUACUAAGCGGACCGCCACUUGGAGAGAGGAAAAGUUAUCUCAGAGCAAGAAAUGGGUACAGCCAAGAAAAGCUUCACAGUACUGAUCUCUCUCAUGAAAGAGCAAAUCUGCCUCUUUCUGCUGCUGUGUGUUCCCACACUCACUCAAUGCUUUCCAGUGACUGCAGCUCAAGGUGGACAAAAUCACAUGCAGCUGUUUUUCUGCGAGACCCCAGGAUGUGCCACUGAUGUGACUCGUGUGUUUUGCAAUGACAAGCUGGUCUUCAAUAACACUGACAUCAUAAGUUGCACAGACCUUCCACCACCCAAUACUGUCUGCCAGCACAAUGGUCGGGCAUUCAUUUCCAGGGAUAUAGCUAGUGUCUGUGAGUUUGAAAGGGCCAAUGGUUAUAUGGAGACCAAAGAAUGUACAGACCUGAGCAACAUUUGUGAUUUAAUCAACGCUCCCACAUCAUCUCCCAUCUCCACCAAGGGUCAACAAAAUGUCGGGGAGCACCAUGCAAAAUGGGGAACCAUUGUUGGUGGAGUUCUUUGUUUGGUAUUAAUAGUCUCUGGUCUCAUUGCAUUUUUCUGCUCUAAAAAGAAAGACAGAGACCGCAAUCAACAGCCAGCAAGUGACUCUGGUGUGACUUUACCCCUAAGAAACAUGCAAAGCUCUGGAGAAACCAGUGAGAGGGAUACUGACUGUGAUCCUGGACUGACUGAUGGCAGCCCUCCUUCUCAACGUGACCACGGAGUUUAACCCUUAUGCCUCACUAGGGAUUUUAGUUUUUGGAUUAUUUUGGCUGUGUUCAUGCUGUAGCCAUGAUAUCUGGCAAAGGAGUAUGUUUUUUUUAUUGAAUUUUGGAAAUUAAACCACAGAUCCUAUAUUAAGUCCAUAAUAAACUGUGUAGAAACAAUACUAACUUUCAGCAUGUUAGGGCCCUUUUAAGUCCCAUUGAAACCCAUUAAAACCACAUUUUUUGAUCCCA